AGGGACCAUGUCGUGGAAAUUCUGGUGACUGGAGCUGAUGUUUGUUCAUGUUGUGUGCUUUAACAUCAGGGGAAAUGACAACGCAAAAUACAGGAUUGGGCAGCUGUAUAUGAUCAGUAAGCACAGCAACGAGCAGAGUGAACGGGGAGAAGGAGUGGAGGUGGUGCAGAAUGAACCCUUCAAUGACCCCACGCACGGCCAUGGCCAGUUCACCGAGAAACGUGUCUACCUCAACAGUAAACUGCCCAGUUGGGCAAGAGCAGUGGUGCCCAGAAUCUUCUAUGUGACGGAGAAGGCCUGGAACUAUUAUCCUUACACCAUCACAGAAUACACAUGUUCGUUUUUGCCAAAGUUCUCCAUCCACAUAGAAACCAAGUAUGAAGACAAUAAAGGAUGCAAUGACAACAUCUUUGAAAAUGAGCUGAAGGACCAGGAGCGAGAAGUGUGUUUCAUCGAUAUCGCUUACGAUGAGAUUCCAGAUCGCUACUACAAGGAGUCGGAGGAUCUGCGCUAUUUCAAAUCGGAGAAGACGUCUCGCGGCAUGCUGCAGGAAGGCUGGCGGGACACACAGGAUCCCAUCAUGUGCUCCUACAAGCUCGUGACUGUAAAGUUCGAGGUGUGGGGCCUCCAGACGCGCGUCGAACAGUUUGUACACAAGGUGGUGCGGGACGUGCUGUUGCUGGGCCACAGACAGGCCUUUGCCUGGGUGGACGAGUGGAUCGAUAUGGCUUUGGACGACGUUCGGGAGUAUGAGAAGCAAAUGCAUGAGAAAACCAACAUUAAAGUUUGCCAUGAGCAGCAAGAGCGUUCCACCAAUUCAUCUCCAUCUCUGGAUGGCUUAGGGAUCCUUGACAAAGUCAGCACAUGACAAUGGAUGAGGUGAGAGAGUUUGAGCGUAGGAUCCAGGAGGCCACCAACCAGAAGAUCGGAAUAUUCCCUCCAUCCAUUUC